AGGGUGGAUGUUGGUUGUUGUGUGAUGGUGUCAUCUGUGAGUGCCUCUCUCUGCCCCUGACACUAUCACCCACCACCAUUCGACCCCUACCCUCUGUCGUGUCGAGUAAAUAUCCUCCCCUCUACCUCGUGGCGAUAUACUGUUAACGAUGUUUAAUGUGAACAUGAACUCGUUGAACAGGUGAGUGUAUGCACAAUCACCGAUGUACUGAUGGCCUCUUGGGAAACUGGCUUCAGUGGUGUUAUUAACCACCUCAUUGAACCACUUUGAGGAAGAACAAAGUAAAGUGACGUUAUUGGCGGUUGCAAUAUGGCGACUUCCGACCGAGUGGCGCCCGUGUAAACAAUGGCUUCCGGGAAGUUUAGUGUCGGUUUUAUGCGAAAGUUAUUCUUAAGUCCUGGAAUCUGAGAAAAAAACACAAAAUGUUUCCCUCGAGGACAUUACUAGAUUACCAGAGUUUGGAAAUAGUGAUGAUUGACUUGUGAGAAGAGAAUCUUUGAGCCAUGUUUGUAUACUGUGAGGCGGAUUGAGGGAGUUCUGAGGGAUGCACUCAGCUCUGGCCAUGACCGUCCAUCGCUCCAAGUCGCUGCCAGGAGCCAAUGGUGGCGAGUGGGUCGCUGAAGACGAUUCCGUGGCGUCACGUUCUGGAGGUUCAGCCGGAGCCAGGGACUCCGGAGUUGUGGUUGUGGCUUCUGACCAUCCUUCCUUCGCCUCGGAUGCCCACUCCUCCCUCCUUGGAGACUUGCCCUCCGGAGUGAUCAUGUCCGAGCUGCCUUCCGAGGAAGUGCCGGCCGAAAAGCAGGUCCCGGGGGAUGAAGUCUGCAAAAAGGAAACCAUAGGACGGCACUACUACCCUGAAGGAGGGUGGGGCUGGGUUGUGCUGCUCAUGGCCCUGCUGGUCCAUGUGGCCUCCCAUGGCCUCCACCAGGCUGCCGGCAUCCUCAUCCUCCACACCAUGAAGCAGUUCCCAGACGAGUCUCUCAUUGCGGCAAGUAAGUCUUCAUUUUGAGUUGGGUUGUGACGGGUCAUUUGUUACUCAGUCUUUACUCCCGUCUUGUGUCCUUCCUCCA